CUCUUUUGGUCCUUCCACACCCAUUUUUCUUUGCAUCAUAUUCGGGGGGAAUCUUUAAUGUUAUUCUAGGCUGAGAGACGGCCCAGCAAACUGAUGGUUGAAGCCAAAGGAAAGAGCAAGAGAAAGCCAAAGAAGGAAGAGAGCAAGAGAAGAAGAGGAAUAUACACGCUGCUCAUCUCCUCAUCUCCACGGCAACCGUGUUCACACACUUGCAGACUUCUGGGAGGAGACCUCAGCGAGCUCUCAGCAGCAGCGUUGGAGGAAAAGGAGAGGAGUCCAAUGGAAGGAGGUGGAUUAAACUACAGCCUCUCCACAUUUCACGUCUAUAAUCUUUAAUUUAUUUCAUGUGUGACAGACAGUGAGCUCCUGCCUCUUCCUGAGAUUUAAUUCUUCCAGCUCAAAGACAUCUUUAAGUUUAGCUGCCGUAGAGUUAUAGUAACAAGUAUCAGGUUUCAUCAUCUCAACUACCCCCCACCUUCCUCCAAACACCAUUCGUCAGACCUCCACCAGUCUGGGCCCUCUUCCUCUGUCCACCAUCCCCACAUCCGAGGCUAUGAGAGGAGGAGCUGAAGCCCAGAUCACUCCAUCAUGCCAGUUCUGAAGAGCAGGAAGGACAUCUGGGCUGGCAAUGUUCAAGGGACGGCUUCCACACUCUUCCACGAUGCUUGUCGGCCUCCAGUCGUCUCCCUCCCAUCUUCAGGACAAGCGCUCCGUAUGUUCCCCUCCGCGUCCCACUGCAGUUCGCUCCUCUCGUCCUCCUCUUCUUCAGCAGCAGUCCUGGAGGAAACCGCCGCUCCUCUCCCUGUUCCUCUCCGUGCUCCUGGUGUGCGCUCUGCUCCUGCCCGUCUGUCACUGUCGGCGAGCGGGAGGGCCCGGCUCUGGAGGUCCCCACACAGGACAGGGCGGCCAGAGAGGGGGUCCCAAUCAGAGAGGAGUGGCCAUCCCGCCUCCCUUUUCCCCAGGCGCCGCACCGAUAUCACCGAUCAACCCCAAGCUCAUAAACUCGCUCAGUAUCGCCGUCAUCCUCGUGGGGAACUCUAGUGAGGUCGCUUUAGGCGCAGGACUUGAAAAAGAGGACUUCCUUCACAUCCCGUAUCCCCCCAAAGUAGAAGUGGUGACGAUGAACGAAACAGACCCCAAAAGCAUCAUAAACCGGAUCUGCGCUCAAAUGGCGAGGAAUACGUUACAAGGCGUCGUGUUCGGGGACGACACCGACCAGGAAGCCAUCGCUCAGAUCCUGGACUUCAUCUCCGCCCAGACGCACAUCCCCAUCCUGGGCAUCAGAGGCGGCUCCGCGAUGGUCAUGGCGGCGAAGGACGACCACUCCAUGUUUUUUCAGUUCGGCCCGUCCAUAGAGCAGCAAGCCCAGGUCAUGCUCAACAUCAUGGAGGAGUAUGACUGGUACAUAUUCUCCAUUGUAACGACGUACUACCCAGGCCACGAGGACUUUGUCAACAAGGUCCGCAGCACUAUUGAGAACAGUUUUGUGGGCUGGGAGUUGGAGGAAGUGCUCUUACUGGACAUGUCGGUGGACGACGGCGACUCUAAAAUCCAAAACCAGUUAAAGAAGCUGCAGAGUCCUGUGAUCCUGCUCUACUGCACCAAAGAGGAGGCCACCACCAUCUUUGAAGUGGCCCACUCCGUCGGUCUCACUGGUUACGGCUACACCUGGAUCGUGCCCUCGCUGGUGGCCGGGGACGCAGACCAAGUGCCGUCGGUUUUCCCUAUAGGGCUUAUCUCAGUGUCAUAUGACGAAUGGGACUACAACAUUGAGGCCAGGGUACGUGAUGCAGUGGCUGUCAUCGCUACGGCAACCUCCACCAUGAUGCUGGACCGCGGGCCGCACACCCUGCUCAAGUCCAGCUGCAUCGGGGCACCUGACAAAAAGAGCGCCGCCAACACCGGCCACUCCAAGGAGAUUCUCAAGUAUGUGAUGAACGUGACCUUUGAGGGCCGAAACCUGUCCUUCAGCGACGAGGGGCACCAGAUGCAUCCUAAACUCGUGAUAAUUCUUCUAGAGAAGGACCGACAGUGGGAUCGGGUCGGCAAGUGGGAGAGAGGCUCUUUGACAAUGAGGUACCAUGUGUGGCCUCGUUUUGAGCUGUACUCGGGAGCUGAGGCGCAAGAGGACCACCUGUCCAUUGUAACUUUGGAGGAGGCGCCAUUCGUCAUCGUGGAGGACGUGGACCCACUCAGCGGGACCUGCAUGAGGAACACUGUGCCGUGUCGAAAACAACUCAAGCUCAGCAAUCAAACCGGAGAUUCAGGGAUCUACAUCAAACGCUGCUGCAAGGGAUUCUGCAUCGACAUCCUCAAAAAGAUCGCAAAGACUGUCAAGUUUACAUAUGACCUUUACCUCGUUACCAAUGGCAAACACGGGAAGAAGGUUAACGGGACGUGGAACGGCAUGGUUGGAGAGGUGGUGCUCAAGAACGCUCACAUGGCGGUCGGCUCGCUUACCAUCAACGAGGAGAGGUCGGAGGUCAUUGAUUUCUCAGUACCGUUCAUAGAGACGGGGAUCAGCGUCAUGGUUUCUCGGAGCAACGGGACGGUCUCGCCCUCGGCCUUUCUCGAGCCCUUCAGUGCGGACGUGUGGGUGAUGAUGUUUGUGAUGUUGCUCAUCGUGUCGGCCGUGGCGGUGUUUGUGUUUGAAUACUUCAGCCCUGUUGGUUACAACCGCUGUCUGGCAGACGGUCGAGAACCUGGCGGCCCCUCCUUCACCAUCGGUAAGGCCAUCUGGCUGCUCUGGGGUCUGGUUUUCAACAACUCCGUGCCAGUGCAGAACCCCAAAGGAACCACCAGUAAGAUCAUGGUGUCAGUUUGGGCCUUCUUCGCUGUCAUCUUCCUGGCCUCCUACACUGCCAACUUGGCCGCUUUCAUGAUCCAGGAAGAGUACGUGGACCAAGUGUCGGGCCUGUCAGACAAAAAGUUCCAGAAACCCAACGAGUUUUCCCCACCGUUCCGCUUCGGGACAGUGCCCAAUGGGAGCACGGAGCGAAACAUCCGCAACAACUACCGGGACAUGCACGCUUACAUGACCAGCUUCCACCAGAAGAACGUAGACGAGGCGCUGUACAGUUUGAAGACCGGUAAACUGGACGCGUUCAUCUACGACGCGGCGGUGCUGAACUACAUGGCGGGCAGAGACGAGGGCUGUAAGCUCGUCACCAUCGGCAGCGGAAAAGUCUUUGCGUCUACGGGCUACGGCAUCGCCAUCCAAAAGGACUCUGGAUGGAAACGAGCUGUGGAUCUGGCCAUCCUCAUGCUGUUUGGAGACGGUGAGAUGGAGGAGUUGGAGGCUCUGUGGCUCACGGGCAUCUGCCACAAUGAGAAGAAUGAGGUGAUGAGCAGUCAGCUGGACGUGGACAACAUGGCGGGCGUCUUUUACAUGCUUGGUGCUGCGAUGGUCCUGUCACUUAUCACCUUCAUCUGUGAACACUUAUUCUACUGGCAGCUGCGCUUCUGCUUUAUGGGCGUGUGCUCUGGCCAGCCUGGAUUCACCUACUCGAUAAGCAGAGGAAUCUACAGCUGCAUCCACGGUGUUCAAAUUGAGGAAAACAAGUCCACGGCCGACUCCCCCUCGUCCACUAUAAAGAAGAACAUGAACAACACUCACUCCAACAUCUUGCGUCUGAUUCGCACUGCCAAGGAUAUGACUGCUGUUCCAGGUGUCAAUGGCUCUCCGCACGCUGCACUGGAAUACAGUCACAGCGGCCGUGAGUCAGCUAUUUAUGACAUCCAGGAGCACCGGCGUAGCCUGGUGGGUCACCCUAUGGACUGUAAGACUGCUCCUCCCUAUAUGGCAGAGGACAACAUGUUCAGUGACUAUGUUGGUGAUGUGGAGAGGACUUUUGGCAACUUGCCCCUGAAGGACAACAACCUGUACCAGGACCAUUACCGGCACCACCACCCGGCCUCAGCUCUGGGUAUGUCUGGCCCCCCGCCCAAUAGGCCGCGUAGCUUAGGCAGCGCUAGCUCGUUGGAAGGGGGUAUGUUUGAUUGUGACAGUUUAGCGGGAGGGGUUGCGCCCAUUUUUACCACGCAGCCCCGGCCGUCCAUGACCCACAGGAACACUAAUAAAUUUGACUUGAUCGCUGGCCACGCCCAGGCAGACUCCAGCCAGGGCGGGUUCAAAGCCGGCAAUGUGUACGGCAGGUUUUCUUUCAAAGGAGGAGCGUCCAGCACGGGGCUGAUCGGCAGUCACGAGAGGUACUGUGGCGGAGGCGGGGGAGGGGCAGGAUCAGGGGGCGAUGACGGGAAUGUCCGCUCUGACGUCUCAGAUAUCUCCACGCACACGGUCACCUACGGCAACCUGGAAGGAAACAACAAACGACGUAAGCAGUACAGGGACAGUCUGAAAAAGAGGCCUGCCUCGGCCAAAUGCAGACGAGAGCAUGACGAUGUAGAACUGAGUGGCUUCAGGAGGAGGCCCCACCACCACACCGUCCACCACCACUUCCCCCACGGGUCCCUGGUACGCCGCGCGGUCUCUCCACCCCUGGAGCGGAAGAGGGGUGCUGGAGGGGGUAAUUCUUCUCCUUAUGUAUUCCGCAAGGACAAAGAGAACCUCAGAGAGUUCUAUGGGGAGCAGUUCCGCUCCAAGGAGGGCAAGGCCAUGUGGGAGCAGGAGGGAGGAAGUGGAGGAAGCGGUGUGGGCAGUGCUAGUGGUGGUGGUGUCUGUAAGAGUUUAGUGCCAGUAGAGGACUUCCUCAAAGGUAAAGUCAAGAACACAGUGUCGGCAGGGCAGCAGGCCCACAGCUGCUGGGAGAAGGGCGUUUCGGGGAUCGGAGGAGGGGGUAUAGCAGGAGGAGACUGGGAGUGUCGUAACUGCCACAGUGUUUGUCAUCACGCAGGAGGAGGCGCAUGCCCUGCAGGUGGAGUCGGGGGAACUAGCAGUCGCCCCAGCUCAGCGUCCUGUAAGCGCUGUGAUUCCUGUAAGAUUCAGCCAAGCAACCUUUACAACAUCAGUGAGGAUAAUAACAUGAUGUUUCCAGGGGGGAAGAGUAGCGUAGGAGGGAACCAGGCUCAAACUCCAGCACAGCGAAGGAAACUAGGCCCAGGUGGGAGGGUCCUGAGAAGGCAGCAUUCAUAUGACACAUUUGUGGACCUGCAGAGGGAGGGAGCAGGGCGCAUGGGGGGCAGUGGCGGGGGUAUGGGUGAACAGUUUAUUCAGCCUCGUAGUGUGAGUUUGAAAGAUAAGGAUCGUUUUGUGGAGGGUCCGAGUCCAUACGCUCACAUGUUUGAGAGGUAUUCAGUGGACAGGGACUCCCCUAUGUUUGGAGGACUUGGAGAUCGGGCCAAAGCAGGUUCAUCGUUCAGUCUGUUCCACGGAGGUGAAGGAGGGCUGCGUCAGCGCUCGGUGGGGGAGCGAGAUUUUAGGGAGCGAGACAGGGCAAUGAUGGGAGGUGGGGGCUGUGGUGGUGGUGGCGGCAGAGGGGCCGGGACUUACUCCUUGUCUAAAUCUCUCUACCCAGAUAAGGUGAACCAGAACCCUUUCAUCCCAACCUUCGGUGACGACCAGUGUCUUUUACACGGUGCCAAACCGUACUACAUGAAAAAGCCUCAGACGCAGCAACAGCAGCAGCAGCUUCUCAACAACAUCCGAGGAGGAGGGGACUUCAGAGGGUCAGUGGGAGCUACUUCCUAUUUACCUGCUUCUGCCACUGCAGGGGUAAUGUCCAAUGUGACCCCCAGGUACCCAAAAGAGCUCUGCCUGGGUGGGGUGGGAGGUCCCAUGGGCAACCACCACGGGGGCAACAAGCUUCUGCCUGGAGGCAGAGACACGUUAGGUCUGGGCCCGGGACAGAGACCCUUCAACGGUGCCAAUGGACAUGUAUAUGAAAAGCUGUCCAGCAUUGAGUCAGAUGUGUGAAUGCCAACACAACGGGUGCGUAAAUUUGGGAAACCAAGAACAUACGGGGCAGCUCCAGCCUGUGUGAAGUGAAUAAGACACAAUACUGUGUGUGUUCGCCAAUAAAUGGAUGUAUUUGGACAAUCUACACUGGCCGCAGCACGCUGAGCUGUGGUGACGUCCUGCGAGGUAAACGUUUGGAUGAAAAGGUGUUUGGUGCUGUUCUGACUUGGGUCAUGGUUAGGAGGGAGGGAAAAGUGCUCCCGCCUAUCUCUUUUUACGCUCACUGUCUCUCCCUCUUCAGUCCAACACUAAAAUAAACCUUUUUGGGUACGAAAAUACAAUCACAAUUGAGAAAUCAUGAUUUCUGUUGUAUUAACAGGGUAAAUGACUAAUAACUGUACUGACAAUGUUAAUAUUACUAAAUAUUAUUCCAGUGUUUCUGAUUGGUUUGAAUUGUUUUAAACAUUUGAUAGAUCAUGUUUCAUAUUUGUAUAAUGUUAUUUUCUUAUCUGACCAUUUUUGCAGGGGACUAGUAGAAUGGAUGUCUAAGUGAUUCAUGUCAAUAUGACGAUUUACAGGCUCCGAUCACUCACUUUUCUCAUUUCUCAGCGCUGUGAUGUGUAGAAGGCAUGGCUUCCUGGGUACAAUUACGAGAUGACAUCAUACUGAUUUGCCUUUUUUGGUCAGGCAGUACCAAAUGGGUUCUAAUCCUGAGCUCUAUGUGCCUUAAAAGGAUUCGUUCAGAUCAUUUUCAGACGAUUCUCUGAUGAUUUUCUGUUGGUAGAGUCUCUGAGUUUUCAAAUACCUUAAAAUCCCAACUCAGUUUUUAUGAGAGUUGAAUUAUACUAUUACUAUAACGUUAUCAAAAAUGGAAAAAAAAACAUCUCGCAGACACCAAAGUGAGCUCUCAUUUUUAUACAUUGCACAUUGGCAGGAUUACAGGGGGUAAACCGUAGUGCUAACGUUCCUAACACAAAUCUAUUGCUUUACGAAAUACCACGUUGCCAUGUCUCAGUUUGAGCACACAAUGAUGUUACGAAAUGUAUAUUAUUAAGUUUUAAAUCUUCUUAAAACACUUUGAAGUUUAUUUUGACCAUGACAUUUGUUCCAAACAUGAGCAGCAUAAUGGACUCUCAUCAGGCAGUCAGGCCUCGGUCCAAAAAUCAGCACCUGACAUCUUAAUUAUUACGUGAUUACAGCUAUAAACACUGCCUGUCCUCAAGAUGGUCCCCUUUGAUUGUGCGUGAUUAUUCAACUUAAGGGCUGCGACAAACCCUGAUUUUACACAUAAAAUAUAUCGUUUUUUCUACAUUUGUUGCAUCGGUUUAAUCAAAGUGAAAUAUUCUCCAGUAUAUGAAUUUAUUUAAUGCAUUUUUUUUGCCUUUUGGAUCAUAUUUGUUCUCACCAAGAUGAGAUGAUGAGCAUGCAGAGAACUAUAAACAUCAGGAACGCCAUUAUAAGGUAAAAAACACAUUUAAUUAGCCCAUUGCAAACAUUUAGAGCUCGCUAUCUUGAUCAUCAUGAGCCACAGCUACAGUUCUGGUCUAAUACUGUAGCACCGUCGGGAUCCAUUCGCCCGAUUCCACAGUUCCUUGUUAAUAGACUUGAUUUAUUCUCUUAGCUGACGAGUCCGCGUGUAUGAUAGGGGGUAGGAUUUGCAUGUGUAGAUUUUCUUUCCUUUUCUUGUUUUACAUCUUAACUUUCAGCCCACGAACGGGCCUUUUUUAUGAUAUUUGGAUUAUUUGCGAUUUCAUUGGUACUGAUCCAUGUAGUACUGUAGGUGUGUGUGUGUUUGUGAAGAGAAAACGACACUUAAAUGGGUUUAAAUUUUGUUUCAAAUAUGGCUGAACUGAUUAAAGAUCUUUUUAGGGAUAAGAGUGCUUUUACUGUUAUUGUUUUUGCAAAGACAGACUUUUCUUGAUAUAGUUUAUGUAAAUGUUUUUAAUAAGGUUCUUAGUCACUGGAGAAGCCUUUUUCAUUUCAUCUACUUUCUAUUUUUUCCCUGUUGUUGUAUGUGCCUGGAUACAUACGCUUGAUUACCUCUGUGUGCUCAUUUGAAUGACGGACAGUGCGCAAGACAACUGUUUCUCGUAGGCUACACGUGCUAAAAAGCUCUGUACAUACCUCACGUAGAGUUUUGAUAAAAUGUACAAAAAACGACCUUCUAUUUGGAGAGAUUUGGUUUAACUGUUACAUUUUGUUGAGUUCCUUCCGAGGCCGACGUUUGUGGGGUCGCUUCCCCGCAGACGUACGCGAACACGACGAUCUGAGGCUCCUGUGAUUCAUUUGCUUUUGGACGUUGUAAAAUUAUUAUCAAUUAUUACACAACAAGAAAAGCACAAUAGAUUAUCGUUUCUACUAUGACUCUCUUUCUCCUCUUUGACUCAAUCUGUUUUUUCUGUUUUGCCAGAGAAGAUUGAUUCUUUUUGUCCCUGAGCUGUACAGAUUGUGAAAAAUGUAAAUACGAUAAAAACUCUAGUUCACCCUCACAUUUUUGUAUGAAGAGAUUAAUUGUGUGAAGGGAGUAUUUCAAAUUUGACUGAAUAUUUAGUAAUAUUUAAAAGAGAUUACACGCAGUCAAUGUGAAAAUAAGUACUGAGAAAUAUUAUUCUUCUGUCUCUUUGGAAUAAAAGUGUUAAGUAUUAAUAAAAAAGAUCA